AUGGUUGGGAAGUCCCUGAUUGCUGGUCUGGUGGUCCUUCUGGUGGCUGCUGUGAGCCUCUUCCUGGGGGUGUUCAUGGGCUUGGGGAAGAAAAACACGCCUCCCCCUACAGACUACUUCUUCUCAAAGGCCGCCGUGGCUGCCGAUGCUGGAAAGUGUUCAGAAGUAGGGAGGGACAUUCUGAAGAAAAAUGGCUCAGCCGUGGACGCUUCUAUCGCUGCCUUGCUAUGUGUUGGCCUUUUGAACGCUCACAGCAUGGGUAUUGGAGGAGGGCUCUUCUUUGUCAUCUACAAUGCCUCCACGGGGAGGGUGGAAACCAUCGAUGCAAGGGAGACAGCCCCCAUGAAUGCCACUGAGGACAUGUUUGGCAACAACACCAAGCUCUCUCGUACAGGUGGAUUGUCCAUAGCCAUUCCAGGGGAAAUCCGUGGUUAUGAGAUGGCACACAGAAGACAUGGCAGGCUGCCUUGGAAGGAGCUGUUUGAGCCCAGCAUUGCCCUGGCUCGUGAUGGUUUCCCUAUCGGAAAAGCUUUGGCUCAUGCCAUCUUCAAGAGCAAAGAUUCAAUUCAAGGAGACGCCAACAUGUGCGAGAUAUUCUGUGAUUCUCAAAAAAACAUCCUGAAAGAAAAUGACAUUGUUAGAUUUCCAAAGCUGGCCGACACAUACCAAAGAAUAGCAGAGGAGGGGCCAGACGUGUUUUAUAAUGGGACACUGGCACAACGCAUCGUUGAGGACAUCCAAGCGGCAGGUGGCAUUAUCACCCUGGAUGAUUUGUUGGAAUACCAGCCUGUGCUGAAUGAGAACCCUCUGAAGCUGAACGUCGGGGAAUACACCAUGCAUGUCCCAGACGCCCCCUCCAGCGGCCCUGUUCUGGCACUCAUACUGAACAUAGUGGAUGGGUAUAACUUCACAGAUACAAGUGUCUCUACAGCAGAGGAAAAAACUCUGACAUACCACCGUAUCGUAGAGGCAUUUCGUUUUGCUUAUGCCAAGAGAAGCAGACUGGGGGACCCACGCUAUCUCAAUAUUACAGAUCUAAUCCAAAACAUGACCUCAGACUACUUUGCUGAUGGCAUAAGGAGCAAAAUUACAGAUGACACCACGCACCCAGACAGCUACUACGAGCCCGACUAUUUUGUCCCAGACAACCACGGGACAGCUCAUCUGUCAGUCAUAGCUGAGGAUGGAAGUGCGGUGGCGGCCACCAGCACCAUUAAUCUCUACUUUGGGUCUAAAGUCAUGUCACGAGCCACUGGGAUCAUCUUUAAUGAUGAGAUGGACGACUUCAGCUCUCCACACAUGACCAAUGGGUUUGGAAUCCCUCCAUCGCCCAAUAACUUCAUCCAACCAGGUAAGAGGCCGCUGUCUUCCAUGUGUCCUACCAUCAUCUUUGACAAAGAAAACAAAGUGAAAAUGGUUGUAGGAGCAUCUGGUGGCACAAAAAUCACCACAGCCACUGCCUUGGUCAUCCUGAACUCGUUGUUCUUCAACUAUGACCUAAAGAAAGCUGUGACAGAGCCGCGGGUUCACAAUCAGCUUAACCCAAACAUGACAGUGGUCGAGCAGGGCUUUGAAAAGAGUGUCCUGGAGGGUCUGGCCCAGAAGAACCACGUAACACAGCUGCUGAGGACUCCAGACUCUGUGGUCCAGGCCGUGGUGCGGCAGGGCGAGCGCCUCUGUGCAGAGUCUGACCCGAGAAAAGGAGGGUAUCCAGCGGGAUACUGAGCGACCCUUCAGGUUCUUCUGUGCUCCUCUCAGUGAGGAUGGUUUCCUCAAAGACACUCAGCCCGACGAAGGCGUCUCCACUGAAAAAAAGGUGUCUGUGCACCGAAGACUCAAGCUAAAGCCUCGGGGACACGGCCAGCAUUCCUUCUUUGAGAUGAAAUCCUUUUACUCAAACAAAUUGACUGUUUCAAUACCUCUUCUGCUGAAACUGAAUAGUUUCUUCUUUGUUGGCAUUAUAUUUCUGCUUUGAAUUAAAAUAAGAGGUUGUAUCUACUGUGACUUCAACGGUCAGGAAGGACUGGAGCAGAAAGCAUGGGCCCAAAAUGUAACUGCUUUCAACAUUAAAAUCGGUUCAUAUACGACACAGCAUCCAGUAUAUUAAUAACAACAACCAAAGACACAGUCAAGCAAAUGAUAAUGUCAUAUUAUGAAAUGUUCCUAGGUUUCUGCACGAAGUAAGACUCAGAAUGGCAGGUUGUCCAUGUAAUACUUCCUUCUCUUUUGUAAAGAACAGCUAUUGUGAUUAAAGAAGGGUUUGUUUAUUGUCGAAAUGGUGAAAAACCAUCAGUAAAGACUGGACCACUUACAAAAUACGGACAUCUCAGGUUGUUUGCCUGUUUUACCAAAAUGUCUACCUACAUCUAUCUCCUGAUGUGAGUCGAUCCUGAAUUAAUUAGAGGGAGCUCACCGUCUUAUUUUCUACCGUAAAACUCUCACUUCUGAAUUGUAAAUGUUUAAUAUCGAGUAGAGGUUAAGUGGAUGUAUAGUGUAUUCUGAAAAAUACAUUUGCAGAUAUAUUUUUCUAAACAUGCAUUGUUCUUAUGACAUGUUUGUUGCCAUGCUUGUUAUUAAACAUUUUGAACAAAGAUGUUUUAUUUUACCAUAGAAACUGUGCUGUUUCUGUACUGGAGCAAUCGGAGCUCUUUCUUUUUUUUUUUUUUUUUUUUCUUUCAGUAAACACCGUGUACUUAUCCAGGGCACAUGCAAUGUCAGACUGACCGAAAGCUUCCGUGGUUGUACAUUGUUUUAACAUAGUUAUCAUAACUUAUUGAUUUUUUUUAUUAUUAUUAUUACUAGUCAUUUAGUUUACAACAUUAAAAAGGCCAUAAAAUGUUUCCAGGUGUUGUGUUCAAACUGCUUGCUUUGUUUAACUUCCUGUCCAAACACAUGCAAAACCGCACUUACUGCACUACUUCACGAUGUCCUGUUGAUGUUUGACUGGUAUAAUGUUUAUGUAACAUGAUAACGGUAGAUGGGAAGGCAAACAGUGCUGCAAGCACAAACAAAAGUACAAACAGAAGCACCACGGACUGAUGAAGAAGCUAGAGAACCUUUGAGCUUAUUAAAUAAAAUAAAAUGAAGGGAAAAUCACCUUUUGAGGUAAAGUUUAAGAUAAUCCAGCCAGUAUCUGUGUUCACCUUGUGGUGACAGAAUGAGUGCUGUCAGUAGGGUUCAUUGUUUGCAGACUAAUUCAUUCGGUCUGAAGAGGCACUGAAAAAGAGAAAGCAGCAGACACAGUGCAGCUUUGGACAUUUUGCCUGAUUGGCUUCAUUUUGUCAAUAGACUAAACCAUUAAACCGACUAAUGGUUUCUGCACUUAACAGAAGUCCGUGUGUUUGUGACUCCUGAGCAAAAACAGAGGUAGAGGAUCAGUUGAUGAACCAUGCAGGUCAGAAGAAGUUGAACAAAUGGUCGGAAGAAAUAAACAAAAUCUGAAAGGUCUGACCCCGAUGUGCUUUGACUGGUGGGUGAAUUUCAGUCCGCUCACGCGCCAGAAUUGUGUCUCAGAGAUUUAAUGAGAAAGGGAAGAAACAGUAAAAAAAAAAAAAUAAUAAUAAUAAUUUACUUAGGGUAAAAACUUCAGUCUCAAAAAAGUGUCAGCCUUUUGUCAACCAUAACAUUUCUGAAUUAAAAAAAGCUUUUAGCUGCAUUUGUCAUCUGAUAAGGUUUACCAGUUUUAAUUUCCCGUGGAUGGCAUCUGAUGGAAAUUGCUCCGCUGCAUUAAAUCUAACUGGCAGCGUCAAUUGCAAAAAAGGAAGCUUUCUGUUGCGCGUCUCAGCCAUUUCUGAAUUAAAUAUUAGGCCUGUGGCUGAUCACACAAACUGACUAUCACACACUGAAAGUCCCUCAGCAUUUACACAAACUCCUUUUUGCUGCUGUGGAGUGGCAUAUACACUCUAGCCACUGUUGGCUGAUAAUCAUGUUAAUACAGGUAGCUAACCAGCCCGGAGCCUGAGGCAACAACAUAAAAGGCUAAAGUGAAAAUGUCAUGCUUGUAGAAGCAAAGGUUUGGCAUCACCAAGAUAUUUACAUAGGAAACUGGUUUCGUAUUUUCCACUGCUGUCUGCUAUCUGUUGAAGACCAUGAAGCCAAACUUCAACAAGACAUGAUAAAUGAGAAUCUUUGUGGUAACAGGCCCCCGAUGAGAGGAGAGCAAACAAAACGAUUAAUAGCAGUAACUUUAUGGAGAUGUUCCUGCUGCAGGUAUGAAAACGUUCCUUUUCAUGAAAGAAGCAAAGUUUGUAAAGAAUUACAGCCCAGACAGAACACAUAGAUGUGAUGUUAUCACCCUCAAUAGUUCGCACAAAUUGUGUCAGACAUAAGUGGAAUAGAGCCGCGGUAUCUGUGUAGUGCCAUCGCUGGGCUAUUAUAUUAUAAAUGUGACCACGACUUUCUCCUUUGGAUUCCAGCUUCAUCAGUAUUCUACCGGCAAAAUAUGAAUCAUCCAGGCCACCGAAACACAUUCAUCUUGCAGCUAAGUGUGAUAUUACCCUCAUUCAUCAAAAAGAGGUGGGUAAACCUGCACGGCUGUG